CGCAAAUCGGAGUGGAGAGUGGGAGCACAAGAGCACAUUACUUAAUUGUUCAAUCGAUGUACGAACUCAAGUACUAAUAAGUAUUAAUCCCCAAUUGUCAGACCAUGUGAGCCUUCACGGAUUAACACCUUCGGGUACAAGAAUCAUACAAUGGCAGCCACAGCUUUAUCAGCGUUAUUCUCUCUAGAGGGUCAAACCGCACUCGUUACGGGUGGCACUCGAGGUAUUGGACAAGCUGUCUGUAUAGCACUUGCUGAAGCAGGAGCAGAUUUGAUCUUGAUACAGCGUAGUCGAGAGAAUCUCGAGACUCAAAAAGCUGUUGAGGCGCUUGGCAGGAAAGCUCCUAUAUACACCGCGGACCUUGCAUCGCAGGAAGAAGUCGCCGGCAUCACUUCUACGAUCUUGAAAGAUGGUCACUCGAUACAUAUCUUGGUAAAUUGUGCUGGGAUUCAAAGACGCCAUCCGAGCCACGAAUUUCCCGAUAAUGACUGGAAUGAGGUCAUCCAAGUCAACCUCAAUACUGUCUUUACCCUCUGUCGCGAUGUUGGUGCACACAUGUUGAAGCUCGAACCAUCUGCCAUUACCGGUCGACGAGGUAGCAUCAUCAAUUUUGCCAGUCUUCUUACCUUCCAAGGUGGUCUUACUGUUCCAGCAUAUGCUGCAUCGAAAGGUGCGGUAGGACAGCUUACCAAAGCUUUAUCGAACGAAUGGGCAUCGAAAGGAAUCAAUGUCAAUGCGAUUGCUCCGGGGUAUAUCGAGACGGAGAUGAACACUGCCUUGUUGGCCAACCCAGAACGAUUGAGGAGUAUUAGUGAGAGAAUCCCGGCGGGUCGAUGGGGUGCCCCAGAUGAUUUCAAGGCGAGUGUUGUUUUCUUGGCGAGCAAGGGAAGUGCAUAUAUCUCUGGAGAAAUCCUUAUGGUUGAUGGUGGCUGGAUGGGCAGAUGAAAAUUUGUCAGGUUGAAAAUAAUAUAUUUCUAAUUUUAAUUUGAUGCUCUUUGACUCUCUACCGUUUUUCUCAAUGUUCAUGGUCAUCUAGAUAUUCAGGUUCUCUCCGUCGUCAACCCCAGACUGGAGGGCAGAAGCUAUCUUAUGUUGAUUUCUGACUCUGGCGGGAUCAAUUGGUUCAAGGGUCUCAUAUUCAGUCUAUAGCACAGUAUGGAAUCGUUUACCUAUGA